UGGAGGCCGGCUGACGGCCCUCAGCCUGAAGUGGGAAGGACUGACAGAAAGUUGACUUGUUCGGCGAGCAUUAGCAGUGCGGCGUUCGUGUUAGCUUGAGGCGGAACGUACGCGCCAGCCAGGAUGAAUGAUGCGAACUCACGCGGCGAGUAGAAUGGCUUCCAGUUCAACAACAGCGACUCCAAAUGCGGGCUGCAAUGUGCGCUGCGCUGCGCUCCGUGACGUCCGUGCACCAUUUUUCGUUGAUAUAGAAGCAUAUCCCGCCGCCUUAUGUUUUCCCCGAUGAUCCCAUGCGGCGGUCUGCCCGGUGAAGACGGAAGCCCCGAAGCAUGACGGCGCCAUCGGGUACAGCCUCACAGAGCCAAGUCUCCGUAAAGCGCAUGGCGGCGGAACGUCCGAAGUCUUUACCGGUCUUUAUCAGAAGAUGAAGCUCGUCCAUUUUAUUUGGGUAGGGAGCGUAGAUUCGCGAGGUGGAUCGACGGGAACGCCAAUCUGUAUCCUCUCUUGCGGAGCUUCACCUGGAUGCCGGCUCGCUUCCCUCUGUGGCGCCGCCUCCGUCUCCACGCGCCGAAGACCGCGGUCGCCGCUCCGGCGCUUUUCCUUCUAAAAAGAUACCGGGUCCCUUUAAGAGGGGGCGGGUCCCCGCCACAGGCGCCCUGGACGCCGGCCAAUCGGAGGAAAACCCGGACGUGACGUCGGCUCGAGCGUUGGGUAGUCGCUGGCCGACGCGCCAAAUUUCAAAGCACUUCCUGUCCGGAGGAAGAAAGCCGAGCAGGAGAAGGCCCACGGCGGCCCGGAGGACGGCGACGACGGCGACCCAAACCCAAGCCGAACUUCCCCGCGCACCUCGACGCCUGCUCGACGGCCGUUCCGCAGGAGGAGCAGCCCGUUAACGUCGGCUGGGUGUCAUGAUGCAGAGGGAGCACAAACUGUGAAUCAUUAACACACAAAGGAACUGUCUUUUUCAUCUGACACAAUUUUUGUCUUCAGUCCCUAACCCCUCCGUGGGAAGACCCCCCCCCCACCCCCCCCACCCCCCACCAUUUGCAUCAGCUCAGACGACCUCAUUUAUUAACGCCAGAUGGCGUUUAGCCUGCCGCAGACGUCUUCAGCGGAAUAAUUUACCACAGGCAGAGCGAGUCCCCGAAUGCAGCGCGGCCCGCUGUAGCGGGCGGGCGGCUUCUCCGGGACAAAGGCGUCCGUCAUGCUGUCGGGGGCGCAGCCGUGCUUCCAGCUGCUCCGCAUCGGCGCCUCGGCGGGGGGCUCCGCGCGGGAUCUGUACACUUUCCGGCCGGCGCCCGGCCACUCGGUCUUCCGCCUGGGCAGGGCGGACCAGCUGUGCGACGUCACGCUGGACUCGCCGGCCGUGUCGCGCGUCCACGCCGAGCUGCACGCCGAGGGCCAGGCGGCGCACGAGGAGGGAUGGCGGGUCCACAUCAAGGACAGGAGCACUCACGGCACCUGGGUGAAUGAGGUCCGCCUGCAGGCGGGCGUCCAAUGGGAGCUGUCGGACGGCGACGCGCUGACCUUCGGGGGUCACCCGGCUCCUGGGAGCCCCGAGUUCUACUUCCUCUUCCAGAAGGUCAAAGUUCGUCCGCUGGACUUCGACGCCAUCACGGUUCCGAAGGCAGGCGCCUUUUCGUCCGACCUGCAGAACCGGAUCAGAACCAACCCCGAGCGCAAGGCGGCGGCGUGCGUGAAUCUGUCCAAGCUGUCACUCAACCGCUCCACCGUCAUCCUGGACUCCAUCGGCAGCCUGAGCAAGAUGAAGGGCAGCGCGUGGACCUUCCGGAGGAGCCGCUGGCACGAGGGGGCCGCCUCCGACCCGGGCUCCUCGUCCUCGCCGCCCCCCCCUCCUCCUCCGCCGCCGUCGUCCUCGCCCGCCGCCGCCUCCUCCUCCUCCUCCUCCUCCUCGCUGCCCCCCAAGUCUCUGGCGCCGGCCUCCAGGAGCCGCAGGAAGUCUGCGCACACGGUGCUGCUGGAGGACGGCAGCUCGGACGAGUCUCGAAGCGGGACGGGCACGGAGGAGGAAGCGAUGCCAUGGCGAGGCAGGAAGAAGCGUCGGCUCUACAAGUCGGACUCGGAGGCUCUCUGCUCGCCGCCGCCUUCUCGCCCGCGUCCCCGGGAAGCCAAGCCCUUCCCGGUGGGCAUCAGGACCAUCGGCAGCUUCCACGGCGCCGUGACCAACGCCCGCCUGGACCACCGCCACCGCCGCCGCGUCUUCCCCCCGCCGCCGAGGCAAGGCCGCCUUCGCGACGUGGCCGCCUUCUGCCAGCGGAGAGCCGCCGCGAGGGGGCGUCGGAGGGCUCACGGCUUGCCGGUUUUCUCCCCGCUGGUGGUGGGAGGGGAGAGCUACAACCCGGCGUCGCCCUCGGUGAGGGUUUGCGCGGCGCCGAGGGGCCGCGCGGCAUUCAACGGGUUCCGCCAGCAGCCCAGCAAGCGUCGCGGCCGCCCCAGGAAGCACCCCCUUCCCCCUCGGCCCUCCCUGCCCUCGCCUUCCUCCUCGUCUUCCUCCUCCACCUCUUCGGGCUCGUCCUCCUCUGGCUCGUCGUCCGACGAGGACGACGACGCAGAGGAGGCGACGCCGGCCGGCGGGUCAGGGGAGCCGUGCGCGGCCCCCCGCUGCCUGCUGCCCCAGCAGGACCCAGUCCAGUGGAUCCAGUGCGACGUGUGCGACGCCUGGUACCACAUCGAUUGUCUCCGCGUGGACCGCAAAAAGCUGCUGAGGGACCCCAACGCCGAUUUCCACUGCGGCUGCUGCUGAGCUGCACCCCUCGCUCGAAGUCACGACGGACCGCCGACUUCCUCUUUGCUGCCGUGCAGGAGUCCGGCGACUCGGGUGGGA